AAACAACGCAAACAAUGAAUCGCAAGCAAAAUGGCUGGCGGUUAGUCUUUAUUUGAUCGUCAUCGUGAACGGAUUGCUUUAUAUACACGCAUAAUCAACGCGGUCAUUGAAACCAGUUCCAUCAUAUAUAUUUCUCUUUUUUUAUUUUGCUUUCCAACUACAACGAAAAUAUCAAUUUCUUGGUGCGCUUGGCUGCAACAAGAAGAAAAAUAGAAAACUGAAAAGCAAACUCAAACUAAAGCAGAAGAAGCAAAAAAAAUAAAAUAAUAAACUAAAGAAGGAAAAAACAGGAAUUCUUUCUUCUUUGGUGCUCAUUUAAGCAGCGGACACAAAUUGUUUCUACGCGACGAGAAAUAGAUUUAGUGUUAUUCUUAAUACUGGGUGUCAAUCGCUUGGUGUGCAUUCUAUGAUCUAAUUGCUCAAGUGUCAAGAAACGUUCGACUCAAUUUACUUGUUCUAUUGAAAAGAAUUCUUGUAAGGCGAGAAGAAGAACAGAAAGAAAAAAAAACUCAGCAACAGCACAGAAAGACACAGCGAGAAAGAGAGAGAGAGAGAGAGAAUAGUAACAAAAGACGCAUCCGUAUCUUGUGCGAUUGAAUUUGUAUCAACGACAGUAGCAUAUACAUAAAAUAUCGGUUGUUGUUAUUAUCUACAAGUGUGCGUUCAAGUGAGACCAUUACUUGUGCUAGAUAUAUCGUUAUAGAUUUUUUUUUUCUGUUGUUGCUGUUGUUUCGUGAGUGUGUAAACGACAACGAGAGGAGAAAAAAAAGACAACAAAAAAUUAACCGUUUCUCAAACGAUUCAACGCUUAACGUACAAUGUCUGAGGAUAACAAUCAAACGAAUGGCACUACCAAUGGUGAUGUGCCCGAAAUCGAACUGAUUAUCAAGGCAUCCACCAUUGACGGUAGACGAAAAGGAGCAUGUUUAUUCUGUCAAGAAUAUUUCAUGGACUUGUAUCUGUUGGCCGAAUUGAAAACAAUCAGUUUAAAGGUCACAACAGUUGACAUGCAAAAACCGCCGCCAGAUUUUCGCACCAACUUUGAAGCAACACAUCCACCAAUUUUGAUUGACAAUGGGCUGGCCAUCUUGGAAAAUGAUAAAAUCGAACGACACAUCAUGAAAAGCAUUCCAGGUGGCUACAAUCUCUUCGUACAGGAUAAAGAGGUUGCCACAUUGAUCGAGAACAUAUAUUCAAAGUUAAAGUUGAUGCUGGUGAAGAAAGAUGAAACGAAAAAUAAUGCAUUGUUAGGCCAUUUAACAAAGAUCAAUGACCAUUUGGCACAAAGAGGCACACGUUUCUUGACCGGUGACACAAUGUGCUGUUUCGACUGUGAGCUCAUGCCACGACUCCAACACAUUCGAGUGGCCGGAAAAUACUUUGUUGACUUUGAAAUUCCCGUUCAUCUGACAGCAUUGUGGCGGUACAUGUAUCACAUGUAUCAAUUGGAUGCGUUCACACAGUCGUGCCCAGCCGACCAAGACAUCAUAAAUCAUUAUAAACUUCAGCAGAUGCUGAAAAUGAAAAAGCACGAAGAGUUGGAAACACCAACAUUUACAACGUCAAUCCCGAUCGAUAUUGUCGAUUAGGAACGCCCGCCACGCGUCUCUCUACAGCUGCUACACCAAGACCAUCGCAAUCGCAAUUGCAAUCGGCAAUAAUUCGACAACAAAGAAUACAACAACUAUAUGAAAUAAAACAAAUUUAUUCAAGAAUAAAGAGAGAAAAAAACACAACAAAAUAAUGGAUCAACUAAAAUAUCAAAUCAUAUUUACACAAAAAAAAAAACAUUUUCACAUUUAAUAUGGACUAUGUAAUGCGAGGCCAAUGCAAGCAAUAGCUUAAAUGUUUUUUUUCGCCUUUUAUUUAAAUGCAAACAAUAUAAUUAUGUAUACUUCAUGAUAGAGUAGCGAAUACAGAAUUAAGUGGAAAUUUAAAGAAAAAUAAAACAUCUGAACAGUUGCAACUGAGUGAAACAACAAAAAUUUAUCAAAAUAAUUGAAUGAGUAAAAUAAAAUUGCGAACAACAAGCGAAUGUUGUCUAAGUCCAAUCUACAUCUCCGCCUUAUUCGAAUAGAAUACGUACAAAUAUGAAGAAAAAAAACAAUGCAAAUGCAAACAAAAAGUACUUUAGAUUUAAACAAAACAGAAACAAACAAAAAAUGCCUACCAACAUGAAUGUCUUUUUUGUUCGUUUGAAGAGAAAAAAAUGAAUGCAAAAUUCGAUUUUAUUUUCUUUUUGGUUGAAAGAGAGACACACCAGUUGUUACUAACAACUUGUUAGUAUCACUUCUGAUCCAGAAGAUUUCUGGAUUCCAGAAGUUUUGGAAUAACAAACUGUCGAUCAAAUUUUAAGGUUCUUUGAACGUCAAACUUCUUCUUUUUUUUUGGCUAGGUUUAAUAAUGGAAAACACGUGAAACUCUUCCAAAUGUAAUAUUGCUUCAAAAUCGCUAGAAAUUUUUAUUCUUUUUUUUUUUUUUUAGAAAAUUCACUUUUUUUCUGGAUAAAUUUUUGACACCAAUUUUGAUAUCGCAAACAUCGCGAAGACUAAUGUUAUUAUUCAAAAAGUGUUUGACAUGUAAAUAUAGAAUUAACGGUAAAAAUUUUUUACUACGCGUAUUUUAGAAGGAUUUCUUCUUUUUAAGAGAAUCAACAUACAUAGAAAUACAUUAUAAAACGUAGUGAUAGCGCCAAUUUUAUAAGAACAAGAAGCAAAAAAAACGAACACUAGACAAAAACAAAAUAAACAUAAAAGCAUCUCCGUCAUAAAUAACAAAAAAAAACUAUCAUCGAAUUAACGAAAGAAACAAAGUUUAAUAUAUAAAUUGAUCACAGCAAAUGCCUUCGUUGAAUAAAUGCAAUUCAAUUUUACUAUAUAUUAUUAGUGGUAUAAAAAAAAUAUUUUCUUUAUCUCUCUUCUUAAGUUGGCUCAACUUUAGUUUGUCAGCUAAAUGAAACUUUGUAAACAAUUAUUAUCCAAAAAUGGAAACAAACAAAUUAAGUGCUUAUAAGGACAAAAAAAACAACAAAUAUAACGAUUUUAUUCUGAGUUUAUUGCUCUUCGUUUCUCUUCAUUGAAAUGAUAUACAAAAUAAGUUCAAAAAUCUUAUUCUUUUCGGUCAUUUCAUUUUGGUUUCGUUUAAUUUGUUUAAUUUUAACUUUGGAAAAUGAAAAUAAAACAUAGACGCUUUAGAUCUG